ACUUUGGUCGAAUUCAUAAAAUUUAUGUUAAAGGUGUCGGGAUAAAAGAUGAUCAAAUUAUAAAUUUUCGAGAAAAAACCGCUCUUUAAAACCACCUUCUCAUUCAUUUCGUGGAUGCAUGCUCAUUACAAUAUAUACCAAUCCCACUCCAACAUAAAGCAUCUCUAGUUUCCCUCUCCAAUUCUCUAAGCUUAGCCGAAACAAUGAAGCUAAAACAUCACUCUUCCAUCACUCUCCUCCCCUUGCUCUCUUUGAUCUUUCUUCCCUCCUUGGUCUCAUCUCAGGCCUGCCAGAGAACCUGUGGCAAUCUCCCCAUCAAGUUCCCCUUUGGAACCGGCCCUGGCUGCGGUGAUCCGCGCUUUCAACAGUAUGUAACUUGCGACCAACAAAAACUCACCUUGACAACACACACCGGAAACUAUCCCAUAACCAACAUAGACUACAGCAACCAAGUUAUAUACAUCUCGGAUCCUUCGAUGUCAACUUGCGGUUGCUCUCAACCGAGCAAAGGCUUCGGCCUUGAUUGGGAUGCACCCUUUUCUUUCACGGACGACAACGUAUUCACUCUCCUUGACUGCUCCACCACUUCGUCACCCAUUUUCAGAUCCAACAGCUAUAAUGUUGAUAACAGUAGUGCUGUUCCUCUAUGUGACAAACAAGGUGCCCCCAUUUGUAGUUACUUGUACUCUUGCAGGGCAAUUAGCAUGCUCAAUCUCCCAAUAUCCACAUGUUGCAUAUACACACCGGUAGAUCUCGGCCCCUCGUUCGAAUUCAAUUUGCCGAAGCUGCAAUGCUCUUCGUAUUCCGCGUUCUAUAGCUUCAGUGGCCAAGAAUCAAACCCUGAUAACUGGAAGUACGGAAUAUCGCUUAAAUAUAAGUUCAACGUGUAUAAUGACUACCCGAACGCAUGUGCGGAUUGUGAGAAAAGCAGCGGUGCCUGUGGAUACACCGGAAGCUACAAUUCAUUUAUUUGCAACUGUCCUAAUGGCAUAAACACCACCUCUACUUGUUUCUUUGUAUCAUCGUUUAAUAAUGGGCUGAGGCUACUCCCAUCGCAGACGGGAACUUUGUUGGUCUAUCCACUGGCAUGGAUACUGGCUAUGGUCCUGCUAUAGGCACCAAUCAAAGAAGGGCAAGAUUCCAACUUCCAAAAUGAGUUAAAUUUAGUGCUGCAAGUUUUACGUUGCUUUUGUUAACUUUUGCAAUGUGAGAUACCAAAAACUCAACUUGUCAAAAUUGCUUUUAUUACAUGUUAUUAUUUGCUUUCAAGACAUAAAAAGGAAGAAGGAUUUGCUUUUCUUAA